UGUUUGCCAACCAAAACAUGUCGGCUCCUGUUCUGAUCACGACUAUGUGGUUGUCUAUUUAGUAUAAUAAUGCUUGGGAUGAGUUUACGUGAGGUGACUGUUGCCUUGAGGAGCGGGCAACUAAGCCCUAUAGAAUUGUGCCAGAAGUGCCUAUCAUUCAUUAAGGAAACCAGAUUUCUCAAUGCUUACAUAAAUGUAACUGAAGAUGUUGCUCUUAAGCAAGCCGCCGAGGCAGAACAGCGCUUCAGACAAGGCAAACCCCUCGGGGAAUUAGAUGGGAUCCCAGUUGCAAUUAAAGACAACUUUAGCACUGCCAAUAUAGAGACAACAUGUGCAUCAAAAAUGCUAAAAGGAUACAUUCCUCCCUUUAACGCUACCGUUGUGCAGAAACUACUUGACCAAGGAGCGGUUCUCAUGGGAAAAACUAACCUUGAUGAAUUUGGUAUGGGGUCUGGAAGUACUGAUAGCAUAUUUGGCCCAGUAAAAAAUCCAUGGAGCUAUUCAAAACAGUACAGAGAAAAAAGAUCCGGCUCUGGUGCCCUUGUUGAUGAAGAUACUGAUUGGGUAAUUACAGGAGGAAGCUCAGGGGGAAGCGCUGCUGCCGUGUCUUCUGGAACAUGUUGUGUGGCUUUGGGAUCAGAUACUGGAGGGUCCACCCGUAACCCAGCAUCUCACUGUGGAGUAGUGGGCUUUAAACCCACAUAUGGGCUUGUUUCUCGUCAUGGCCUUAUUCCCUUGGUAAACUCUAUGGAUGUUCCAGGAAUUUUAACCAGAUGUGUGGAUGAUGCAGCAACAGUACUUGGUGUGCUGGCUGGGCAUGAUCCACUAGACUCAACAACAAUCCAAGAACCCUUUCAAACAUUUACACUUCCAGAUGUAAUAGAUGUAACCAAUCUCUGUGUAGGGAUUCCUAAGGAAUACCAUGCCCCAGGCCUAUCUACAGAAACUCUGUCGCUUUGGUCAAAAACUGCAGAUUUGCUAGAAGAUGCUGGAGCCAAAGUCGUUGAAGUUUCGCUGCCCAAUACCCGCUACUCCAUUGUAUGUUAUCAUGUGCUGUGCACAGCUGAAGUAGCAUCCAAUAUGGCUCGAUUUGAUGGACUGGAAUAUGGACAUCGCUCAGAUGUAGAAGACUCAACAGAAGCCAUGUAUUCUGCAACUAGACGGGAAGGCUUUAAUGAUGUUGUGAGAGGAAGAAUAUUGUCUGGGAAUUUCUUCCUUCUGAAACAAAACUAUGAAAAGUAUUUUCUGAAGGCUCAGAAAGUGCGACGUCUAAUAGCAGAUGACUUUGGAAAGGUUUUUCAAACUGGUGUGGAUGUCUUACUUACCCCAACUACAUUAGGGGAUGCCGCUCCUUACCUGGACUUCGUCCAGGAGGACAACAGAACUCGAAGUGCACAGGAAGAUGUCUUCACACAAUGUGCGAACAUGGCUGGUAUUCCUGCUAUAACCGUUCCAGCAGGCCAUUCCAGUAGAGGACUACCACUGGGUCUCCAAUUCAUAGGGCAAGCUUUUCGUGAACAGCAGCUUCUAAGUGUUGCCAAAUGGUUUGAGAAGCAGAUGGACUUCUGUCCCUUAGAGUUUUAUAGCCAUUUAGAAAAUGGGAAAAUUCUUCAGAGACAAAUUACAUUGGCUUCUUCAUUGUAGGCCAUGCAGUGAAACUUUGGAAGUAUAAUAAUGUGAAUAUUUAGCAAGAGGCUAGCAAUACUUUCUAUGUAUUUUAUGUGUAAAUAAAAAAGGGAACCAGU